AUGGGUAAAAAUGUGACAUUCUCCUCUCUCCCUCUCUCUCUCUCUCUCUCUCUCUCUCUCUCUCCUGUUUACGUCACACCUUUUUUGUCUGGCCGUUUCUCUUGCCCGGUUGACUCAAUGUUCGCGUCCUAUAUGAUGAUGGUAACAAAUUCACAAAACCAAUGUUCCAGCUCACAAAGGUUGGCUCGCAAACGAGUUCGCCUUCAUCUUCGUAGACUCCGACACAAGGAAUAUUCAAAACUAAGAACUCUGGUCCCUUCAGUAGCUCACAACAACAAAGUUUCAAAAGUGACCGUGAUAGAAGAAGCUAUAAAAUACAUCGAUUCCUUGCACAAAGCUCUCGUGGAACGAUUACAAAGCGUACAACCUGCUGGUGUACAGGCUAAAAACGCAGAAAGAUUCCCAGUUUUGCUCAGAUACAACCCAGACGAAACAAAUCUCUCUAAGACAAGAACAUGUAAAUUUCUUUUCCAUAUCUAUUAG